CGAUGACUAUUCUGGAUUUACCUCCGAUUACAAGUGAACUUUAUCAUCGACGUGAGGAUGGACUGACCUCACCAAGUGCCGAGAAUGAUCUGAAACUUAUUUUUGAGACCAUCCUAGUAUGGGUUAACAUGGUUGAUCAAGCACUUUUUUCGUUUGAUCAACAGUUUUACCGGAAUGAGAGAGUGGCCUUUGAUCUUCGAGGCCUAAUCGAGGUCUCGAUGUCCAAGUGAUCUUCAUAUUCUUUGUUGGUAUAUGGACAAUAAAAUCGAUUUUAUUUUGGACGAAACUCUUUCUAAUUUGGAGCCAAAUUUCAUCACCGAUAUUCGUUCUUUAACAACGAUUAUGAGUUCACCUUAUGACAAGUGGAACGAUUGGGACAUUAUUGGUGUCAAGAUCGGUGACAAAAUUAUUCUUCAUGAAGUGGACACGACGAUGAGAAAAAAUUACAUUGCUCGUCAAACGGACACUCAAAAUGCUUCGUCUUAUGCAGAAUAUAAAUUUGAAUCGUUGGUCACUCGACGUUUCGAUGGUAAGAAAUGUUCAACGUACUACGGUGAACUUCGUGACUCUUUCCAUGGCGUUUUAGUGACCAAGACUGCUGGUGGUCAUCAUGCCAGGGAAAGUCAUGGAAGAGACGAGGAUGUCCAUCAGAUACUGAAGAAAAAAGUUCUAAACCUUGUCCUGAUGGCGAUUUAUACGAAUGCUGUGAAAUUGGAAGCGAUAAACGCCAAUACGUGUAUCCAAUUGAAAUCAGUUUAUUUAUAUAAGAAAAAGGAAAACAUUAAUUAUAAAGAUAAUUAAUUUACUUAUGGAAAAUAAACUUUUGUAAACAGAAAUCAAUCAGCGAUUUUAUCAGUUACAAAAUCGAUUACGAUUCUAACAAGUUUCCUCGAUCAUUAGUUGUAAUUGUUUACAAAUUUCCAGCACAA